GGAUAUAUUUUUGUCUGGUGAAAUUCCAAGUUUUUUCUGCAUUAAAUCGCCCUCCGAUGAAUGGAAGUGGGGCCAAAAGUGGAGUCAAAGAACAGUGAACAAUGUCUGAGGGGCUUAUACAGCUACUGCGCACCAAAUAUCAAUAAGCAGUCCGCGAAGACGUUACGAGAGAAACCCCGCGCUGGAAUAAUGUUAUAUCUGCGCCGCUUGUUCAGCCAGGAGCUGAGUCCUGCCGCACAAACGGAUUUUCUGGGCUGCCUGCAACAGGCACCGCUCCUGCUAACCAAUGGCUUUGCCGGAUCCCACGCCCUGGAGAGUCUUUCCUGGUUACACAAUCUGGCGCCCUGCUUCCCGCUGCGCGGCGACCAGAUCCAUGUGAUACACGAGCCCCAGCACUUCUACGAUACGCUGAUCCAGCGAAUUGCCAAGGCAAAGAAGCGCAUCGUGCUGGCCAGCCUCUACCUGGGCACGGGCCAGCUGGAGAGUGCCUUUGUCCAGACGUUGCGUCACAGCCUGCAGUCGGAGUCGUCGCUGCGCCUAAACGUGCUAUUGGAUUUCACACGCGGUACACGUGGCGAUCUCAAUUCCAAGUCCAUGCUAAUGCCGCUCGUCCGCGAAUUCAAAGAGCAGGUCCAACUGUCCCUUUACCACACGCCAGAUCUUCGGGGGAUGACCAAACGACUGGCGCCACCGCGCUGGAACGAGCUCCUGGGCCUGCAGCACAUGAAGGUCUACCUGUUCGACGAUGCGGUCAUCAUAUCCGGGGCCAAUCUUUCGAAUGACUAUUUCACCAACCGACAAGACCGCUACAUCCUAAUCGAAGAUAAGCCCCUGGCGGACUUUUAUGCGCAGCUCAUUGGGCGGGUGCAGGAGUUCAGCCUGGCCGUGAGCCCAGACGCCUCAGAGGGGCUGCAUCCCAACUGGCGCAUCCUUCCCUACGAGGGCACCAAGCAGGAGUUCAUUCAGCUGGCCAGGAAGCGGAUAUCGGACUUUGUCCAGGAGACAUAUAAGCGACAGAGUCAGGUCAGGGACCUGCAGACGGGGGCGGACACCUGGGUGUUCCCGCUGCUCGAGAUGGGUCAGAUUGGCAUCCAUCACGACAGUGUGGUGACCAAGCGUCUGCUCUCCAGCUGCAUUGCCGGCUCCCGCCUCAAACUGGCCACCGGCUACUUCAACCUGACGCAGGAAUACAUGGACACCAUCACGCACGAGUGCCUCGCGCAGUGCAGCAUUCUCAUGGCCCAUCCAAACGCGAAUGGCUUCCAGGGCGCUAAGGGGCCUGCCGGCGGAAUUCCGGCUGCAUACACCCUGAUAGCAAAGAGCUUCUACGAGAGCUUGGUGCGUCGGAAGCAGAAUCAUCGCGUCAACUUCUUCGAGUACGAGAAGCCCGGCUGGACGUACCACGCCAAGGGCCUGUGGUACUACCUGCCCGAGGCGCGUCUACCAAACCUAACGCUCAUCGGCUCCUCAAACUUCGGUGAGCGUUCGGUCAAUCGCGAUCUGGAGACCCAGGUGUGCCUGGUGACGACCAACACGGAUCUGAGCCAGCGCCUGCAGGCCGAGGCGGAUCGCCUCUAUGAUCUGUCUCAGACGGCGGAGCGGGAGAUUGUUAGGCGGGCAGUGCCCCGCUGGGUGCAGGCCGUCGUUCGCAUAUUCAGGAACUUUUUCUAGACUUUUCAAUUUGUUACCAUCGUACCAGUUACUAUAGUGUUUAAAUCGUGUUUAAUUAUUGCCUUGGCAUGCAUGUGUGUGUGUGUGUGUGUGGUUGAUACUGCUGUGAAUUGUUUUGUGCACAGUUUAGGAGUUGUUAAACAAUAAAGUGGAUUUUGAAAGGAA